AUACCCUCCUUGCUGUACAGUUACGCGAGGAUGUCCGAUAGCGGUAGCGGCCGUAGCACCCCUUCAGGCUGGAAGCGUCCAGCGAAUACUGGCCCGAGGAUAGGUCGACUUGGCGAUGCGGCGGGUGCUGCACCAUCCUCAUCUUCCAGUGGCGGCCGCCGUAUUGCAUCCCUGCAUGAUGUCGGCUCUGGUGGUGGCGGUCCUUCGCUCGGCGGCCCUGGCGGAGCGAGGCCCGAUGAUGACGAUGACGACGAUGACGAGGACCAGGACCCUCAGACGUUCUUUGCUGGCGGUGGAGAUCGCAGUGGCAUUUCAAUCCAAGGACCGCCGGGGCGAGGCCCUGUCCCCGGAGGUGAUGUCGUAAGGGAUUUGUUGAGACGGGCUGCAGAAGCCGGUCCCCCUCCUGUACCUUCAACGGGUCCCGCGCGCUCAAUGUUCUCCGGAGGAGGACAUGUUCUCGGUGGCGAAGACGUAGAGAGCAGAUACGUCCCUGAUCCCCUCGCUGGGCCGCAAGAUGACGAUGCCCCGACCGCCAUACGUCGAAUAACUUUCUGGCGGGACGGUUUUAGCGUGGACCACGAGGAUACGACUGGCGAGCUGAAACGCUACGACGAUCCCGCGAACGCACAAAUCCUUCGCGAAAUCAACGAAGGCCGCGCACCACCAUCAAUUCUGAACAUCCUACCUGGGCAGCCCGUCGAGCUUCGUAUCGCAAAGCGCACCCACGAAGAUUACGUCGCGCCUGCCUCUUCUGCGGGACCAGCGCGUGUGUUUGCCGGUGCGGGGCAACGCCUCGGCUCGCCCGUGCCUGGACAGGCGAGUUCGUCAUCGGCGAGCGCGGCAAGCAUGCCCGGCGGGUUCCCGACCACUGCAGGUGCAGGUGCAUCUCAGGUCCCUGCGGGUACACAGAAGGAGAGCAUAGCGACGCGCUUUGAGGUCGACAACACUCUGCCAAUGACGCGCGUACAGGUCCGCCUCGUAGACGGGUCACGCCUCACUGCGCGUAUGAAUCUGACACAUCGCGUACGUGACCUGCGUGGCUUUGUCGAUGCGUCGUCGCUUGAAGCUGCUAGCCGGCCGUACACGCUUAACACCGCGCAACCCGCGAUGAAGCUGCUCGCAGAUGAAGAACUGACGAUUGAGCAGGCAGGGCUUGUGAACAGUGUUGUUGUCCAGCGCUGGGUCUGAAUAAAUUUGGCCAAAGUAUCGUAAGAGAGAUGAAGAACCGGUUUGUUUCUUACUGUACGAUAGACUCAUGUGCGUCAAUGUGUUGUUGAAUGCAUGCUGUUGUAAG